GGGGCAUCACAUCAACUCACUCCAUCAAUCCAUCAACACAUAAUACCUAAUACCCAUUUUACCAACUUUCCAAACAAUCCAUCACUCAAGAUGAAAUUCACCACCUCCGCCGUCCUUGCCUCCACCCUGGCCCUUGCCUCGGCGCGCGCCUGCCCUUCACCCCAGCCUCAGGCAGGAGAAGAAGGCCUCGACCCCAAGGCCUUCGGUGUCUUCCGCCUCUUCGCCAUCAUCAUCGAUGGCCCAUACAGCCAAAACUCCACCGUCCAAUUCUGGAAGAACGGCCUCUCCAUAAACGUCAAGCAAGAUGGCACUUGCCGGGACCCCAGCAUCAACUACGCUUCCUUCAGCAUCGCCGCCUCCGACGCCGACUACCAGCCAGGCGGUCUAUUCCUCUACGGUGCCAACCCACCCAUCCAAGCCUUUGUCGACCGCUCCGGAAUGGGCCAGGGCAUUCUCAAAUUUAGCGAAGGUGUCAACCCGUCAACCCCCAGGAACGGCGAGCGCGCCCCUUGGGUCAUCACAAAGGACCAUACGCUCAUGUUUGACAACGGCAACGGCGCUACUGGCUUCCAGGCCUGCACACAAGACCAAGGAAAGACAUUCCAGGUCUGGUUGCAGGGUGUUGACCGCCCUGCUGGUCUCGAGGACUGCCACAAGUUCACUGCGCAGGUCUGGCCUGUGGAUACUUCCGAGGCUGAGAACCCCAACCAGUGCACCUACACCUACACCCAGUAAGCUAGGGGUCAAGGCUGUUAAUCGCGGAGUUGUAAUGCAGAAGGAGAUGGAGGGAUGAGUGGUAGUCUUCUUGUAUAUAGAACAUAUUGUGGCGUAGAUUUGGUCACUUACACAUAAAAAUACCACCCUCCUUGAUGACAA